UUCAGUGCAUUUAGUACGUGCUCGUAACGAGACCACGAAGAGCUACGCUCGUUAAUCGAGAAAGACACAAGUGGAAAUAAAUUUCGGAAGACAACUUUUGUUUUUCUUUGUGGAUUUGGGUUUUAUUGAGAAACACGAUAAAACUAUUCAAGAUUCUUGAACAGCGGGUGCUGAUUUAGUAACAGCGCUGUGAAGAAAAUGCGGAACUGGUCGUGCUCGCGAUCGUAGACCACGGUCCAAAUGCGCGAUGGUCAGGCCGUCGGAAGGCGGUGGGCUUCUCAUAGUCGGCUGGCUUCUGGCACUCCGUUCCGUUGGUGCCGGCGCCCAGUUGGAUCCUGAUUAUGGAUGCCCGUCUCAAGAGAGAAUACUGCCCUGCAGAUGCUCGACGCGCGACAUGGAGGUUCAGAUAUGGUGUAGUCAUAGCGAGUUACCGAAAGUCUUAGAAGGUCUGAAGGCAGUGAGCCAUUACGUGGGCCGACCGGUGGACGAACUUAUCCUAGAGAACAACAAUUUACCAAGUCUGCCUGGCAAGGUGUUCGCGACCCUUCGAGUUCUGCGUCUCAUGCUGCGGCACAAUCGACUCGAGAGGGUGUCGUCCGGCUGGCUGGAAGGUCUGCACGACUCUCUGCUGGAACUAUUCAUCGUCGAGCCCGAGCUGCGGUCUCUGCCCGUGGACAGUCUGGAGAACCUGCAAGGUCUCGAGGCGGUGACGCUGCAGAGUCGCGUGAUGAAGAGACUGCCGCGGUUCUCCGGUUUGCCGAAGCUGCGAUACUUGCAGAUCAAUUCGCCGGCAUUGCUGGAACUCGCGCCGCGAAACUUUCGGGACGUUCCCAGUCUGGAACAGUUGCACGUGUUUGGUAGUCCGAGAUUAUCCAGACUGGAAGCUGGAUUUCUUCAUGGUCUGCCUCGACUGGAGCUGAUCAAUAUCUCCGAUUCCGGUAUUCACUGGAUUCAUCCGCGAGCUCUGAACGAUUUACCAAAACUCAAGGAGAUCUCACUGGUCGGGAACGCCAUAAUCGAUGCCGGUAUGGUCGGUCGCGCGUGCAUGGAUCUUCCGUCACUCUCGGUUAUCCGUCUAGAUCAGAAUCGCAUCAAUCGCUUGAGCGAGGGUUCGUUCGUCGAGCUACCGGUUCUGGCGCGUCUUUAUCUAUCGCGCAAUUACAUCACGGAGAUAUUCGCCGGUGCCUUCCAGAGUUUGCCGUCGCUCAAAUCCGUGGAUCUGAAUCAUAACUUGAUCCAUCGCAUCCAUCCGGAUUUCUUUCCGCAGCGUGCGGGAAACUCGCUGGAAGAGAUGUGGUUGAUCAACAAUGACCUUAGUCACGUGGCCGAGAUACGAUCAGUGCUCGAGGCUCUGCCAAGGUUGAAGUUCUUAGACGCUAGUUACAAUCAGCUAAAGGAAAUACCUUUCGGUGCUCUAAGAGGUCACUCCACAUUGGAGAGGCUUCAUCUGAAUCAUAACGGGUUGGCGUUGCUGCAGAGAGAAACGUUCAUGGCAAUGCCGGCACUCAGGGAGCUUAGACUGAAAAACAAUUCCUUGUCCCAUCUGCAGGAAGCACCUUUCUGGAAUUUGCCGGCGUUAAAGGGCCUGGAUCUUUCGGAGAAUUAUUUCCGUCACAUAGAUCCGCGUUUGUUAGCCCAUCUGCCGAAUCUCAGACGAUUGGAUCUUAGCGGCAACGAGAUCGGGCUGAUCGAACCUGAAUCCUUUCACGGCACGCCGGCACUGGAACACAUCAAUGUCUCCGGAAACGCUCUGUCUGUUCUUCAUCCAAUAACCUUUCGACAUUUGACGAAUCUGUACGAACUCGAUGUAAGCUGGAAUCGCAUGUUGGAGGUGGUUCCCGGUUUACCGAAGAACAUUGAGCAUCUUCGCAUGUCUAAGAACCGUAUUGUGGACUUGCCGAGCAUAUCUUCUCAAGAUUUGGUUCUACCUAUCUUGCGUUCGCUAGACUUGAGCUCUAAUGGGAUCGAAAGAAUUCUGCCUGGCGCUUUGGCUGACUUGCCGAAUCUGAGAAAAUUGAAUCUGGGCUACAAUGUUCUGAGACUUCUGGACGAUGGUGUUUUCGAGGGACUUUCGAGAUUGGAGCAACUAGAUCUGAAGUACAAUCGACUGGUCACGUUGCACGGAAGAAGCUUCCGUCCUCUGAAAUCACUGAUGGAUUUAAGUCUACGAGGUAAUCGAUUGGAAGUUCUGCGACCGGACAUCUUUCAGGGAAAUAUGCAAUUGCAAAGGAUUGAUUUGAGCAGGAAUAAUCUUGCUCAAAUUCCUCACGCCACUUUCGCCAAUACCAGAGACCUUCGUGAACUAUACGCGUCGCACAACACUUUGACCGAGUUACCCGGAUCGCUGCACGGUUUAACAGCUCUUCGGGUCCUCGACUUGAGCUUCAACAAGCUGAACAUUCUCUCGCCGGAAACACUUAGCAGUUUGUCGUCCUUGUUGGAACUUAAGCUGGUGCGAAACCGCAUACGGGAGUUAAGAGAAGGCGCGUUCGACGGAUUGCCACGAUUGUCUCUGAUCGAUCUUGAAAACAACGAUCUUAGAGUGAUCGAAAGAAACGCGAUUAGAGCGUUGCCGGAGUUGCAAGCUGUCAAACUUGGCAGAAAUCGAUUACAGUUUAUUCCAAGCGGCGCUUUCACCGAGCUACCGUUGCUUCAGAGCGCGGAACUUCAGGAAAAUCGAAUUCAGGAAGUCGCCACUAAUGCCUUCAUUAACGUGCCACAUUUGCUCUUCCUCAAUCUAAGUCACAAUCAUCUGCCGGGUCUGGAAUACGUCGGUCUGGAGAGUCUUCGCUCGUUAGAAGUUCUCGAUCUCAGCUAUAAUCGUUUAUCCAGAGUCUCCAGUGACAGUUUGGCUUCUAUGGAAUGGCUAGUGGAACUAAAGAUGGACAACAAUCGGAUUUGCGCCGUGCACGGUUCGCCUUUCGACGAUAUGCCUAGAUUACGAGUGUUGAGCCUGCGGAGCAAUCGGAUGACCGCGGUUUCCGAAGACGCUUUCAAAAGACUGAGAUCGAAUAUAGCUGUUUUGGAUAUCGACGGAAAUCCAUUGUCCUGUUCUUGCGGCAUGCUCUGGCUACGAGGAUGGCUGCAACAAGCAUCCUCGGAAGGUCCUAGAUGUGCUGACGGCUCUCUUUUCAAGGAACUCAGAUUAUCGCGACAGGAUUGCCAGCGUGACAGAUACGUCGAGCCUGUUCAUCCGGGAUGCGAGGCUGAGAUGGUUCAUGUUGCCGCGCCCUCAGUUUCUUCAUCCGCACAUGGAGUUACAGAAACGGUGCCGCUCUGGAUGAACUUAAAGGACUCCUCGACGCAGAGACCUUCCGUUUCGCAGGAUUCCGAUUACGUGUACGAAUACGUGGAUUAUCCGGACAACGGAAGCGACACGAGCUUUCCUACGUCGCCGCCCGGCGAAGUGUCUACCAUCAACGUGCCGACUCAGAUUAAAAUUAUUCCACCGUCGCCGCAAAAGCAACAGAUUCAGAAGAACGGCACGUCACCGGUGAAGAAGAACCCUCCGAUACCGCCGUCGCCCAGCAGCUCCGGCUUCACCUUCUUCGGCCUUCCCCUUCCGAAUUUGAACUUCAAUCUGUGGAAACAUUCGGGUAGAAAAGCAGAAAGGAAAGAGUCGUCGUCUGACAGACCCGGUCGAGGACGUCACAGGUCUUUCCCGCCCACGGAACCGGAAAUUCACAGAGGAUUCGUGCCGUUACCUCGCACCCAAAGCGGAUUCGUGCCGAUCGCCGAUCCCAGAUUGAUGUACGAGAAACACGUGAAACAAGAGAACAUAACGAGAUCGUCAAACGCGAGUAUCACUUUGAUGCAUCAAGAGCGUUUGAAAAAGAGCGGAAACAGCACUGUAACUAAAGUAGAAAAAGUGAUCUCCAGAACCGGAAAACCUCGAACCGGCUCCCGGGAAAAAGAGGAAUUAUCCACGGCAUCGACAUUGGAUCGACCGGCUGGUUCGAGCACUUUCGAAUCUCGUAAGAUUUUGCCCAACAACAAUAGAACUAGCUUCAACGUGUCUAGAGUGACGAAAACCGUCAGUGAGCCGAUAAUUGUGGAGGAGUCGUCGCAAGUGGCUCACGAAACGUCGGUGUCCACCGAGAUUUACGACGGCGAGAGUUUGGAGGUGCUUGCUGAGGACACUAAAUUUAUAGAGAAACCUCAGAUGGAAGUCGCUAGUAGAAUAAUUUGGACUACACCAAAAACGGAAACGAGAAAAACUGUAAUUGCCAACAAGGAAACUGCAACAGCAUCAUCGAAAGAAAGCAGUACCAAAAACUGGGACUUGGAAACAGCUGAAUACGAAAAAGAUUCAACCAGAUUAAGCGGCACAACUGACUCUUACGUUGAACGCGAUAAUCCGAAAGCGACGCAAACAAGCGCGCCUUUUUUGCAUUUUUCAACGUCCUCGAUAUCUUUCACAUCGGUUUCACUUCCCAAAGAAACCACGACCGCAAUCUCUCAUACUUCUCGAGGAACGGAAGCGUCCGCUUUGUCCGCGUUGCUGAUUCCGGGAGGACAAAUAACCUCGAGCCCUGUGAAUAUACGUCCGAUUGGUAGAUCCACAAUAACCAAAGUAGCUUCGCCGCAUCUUGGUCACAACGCCGAACGCGAACAAUCGAGGCAGAAACAGAAGUCGAUUGUUGCCGAAGUUGUCGACGAGACAACACUCGAAAGCCAGAACGAGGCGUUCGUCAUCGACGAAGAGGCCAAAGUAAUAGACGACAAUCCGUACAAUUGGUACUUCCAACAUUACAACGAUACGAAUUUAGAACCGUACAUAGGCAUAGCUUAUAACAGCGCUGCGAGGAUCUACGAGUAUCGAUGGUUUGUCUUGCUUGCUUUCAGCAUUUUUAUAUAAAAUAUUGAAAACUUGCCAAAAAUCUUUAGAUGAUUUGUUUUAAAGACGCAUGUUUUUAUAUAACUUUUUAUAUAACUCGAAUCUCACAAGAUGAUCAAGUUUUUUUGUUAAUGAGUAACUUGUUGUAAUACUCUUGCAUACAUGUGUAUAGAUAUGCCGUAAUGACAAACGAUGUGUAUACAGUUGCAUUAUAUAUUUCAUUGGAAAAAACUUCUAAUAUAUUGUACAAAACUCGUACGUGUAUUUGCG